AUGUAUGUGAAGAUCGAGACCUCAAGACUAGAUUAUUUUAGAGGCAAGCAACAACAUAUUCAAUUAGAGUUGUAUCAAGGUAUUGUUGAUACAAUUACGCUUGGGGAAACAAAUCCUUCUAAUGUUAGGAAACAGAUUAUACUCCCAUCUUCUUUUAUUGGAGGUCCAAGAGACAUGAGAAAAAGAUAUAUGGAAGCAAUGUCUUUAGUUCAACGUUACGGCAAACCUGACAUUUUCUUAAUGAUGACAUGCAAUCCAAAUUGGCCAGAAAUUACAAAUGAACUAAGUCCACACGAGGGGAGUCAAAAUAGACCUGAUUUGGUUGCUCGAGUCUUUCAUGCGAAAUUGGAAGAAUUAAAGGACCUGUUAUUCAAAAGGCAAAUAUUCGGAAAAGUGUCAGCAUAUGUCUAUGUUAUUGAGCACCAAAAAAGGGGCCUUCCGCAUGCCCACUUUUUAAUUAUCUUACAAAAUGAGUGGAAACUCCAUGCACCAGAAUCUUUUGAUGAGAUCGUAUCAGCAGAGAUACCUGAUAAAAAUACAAACAUCCACCUCCAUAACGCAGUUGUGAAGCAUAUGAUGCAUGGACCAUGUGGAGUAUUGAAUCCAUCAAAUGUUUGCAUGAAAGGAAAUCAUGGAUGCAAAAGUAAUUAUCCAAAGAAUUAUGCAUCUGCAACAACUGUUGGAAACGAUUGCUUCCCAAUAUAUAGGCACUCAAACAAUGGAAUGACUGUGAAGGUCCGAGGACAGUAUCUAGAAAAUCGUUGGGUUAUUCCAUACAACCCGUAUCUCCUUGCAACAUUUGACUCUCACAUUAAUGCAGAGAUUUGUUCUACAAUAAAAGCAGUGAAAUAUCUUUACAAGUACAUUUAUAAAGGUCAUGAUCGUGUCGCUUUCAACUUGGUUUCUGAAACAAACAAUCAACAAGUUGAUGAAAUCCAACAAUUUCAGUCAGCCCGAUGGAUUGCUCCCCUAGAAGCAAUGUGGAGAAUAUAUGGAUUUAUUAUCAAUGAGAUGUCCCCAGCAGUGUAUAGUUUGCAUUUACAUCUGGAGGAUCAACACCCGGUCACUUUCCAAGCAAACGACGAUCUAAUUAACAUCCUCAAUUUAGAUCAUUCUAGAAAAACUAUGCUAACACAAUUCUUUGCAUUAAAUCGAGUAGAUGAAAAUGUAAAGAAAUUACUGUACAAACAAAUUCCAGAAUAUUAUGUUUGGAACCAUAAACACAAAGAAUGGACUCCCCGAAAAAUGAAAAUAGUCAGAGGUCGUAUUGUUACAGCAAAUCCAUUUGAGGGUGAACGUUAUUUCAUGCGGAUAUUGCUAAACCAUGUAAGGGGACUGUUGUCCUUUGAAGAUCUUAGAACAGUCGAGGGAAUUUUGGCCCCCACAUUUCGUGAGACAGCAACAAUGCAUGGUUUGUUACAAAGAGACAUUAGCUUAGAAGACUGUUUACAUGGGGCAUCUUUAUAUCAAAUGCCAUCCAGUUUGAGGCGACUGUUCGCAAAAAUAUUGGUAUAUUGUAAUCCAACUAAUCCAAGAGAUCUUUGGGAACGUUUUGAGGAAGAUAUGUCAAUUGAUUUCAAAUCUUCAGAAGAUUCUACAUCGACUGCAAGAUAUCAUGUAUUAAGGUCAAUCUCUUCUGCAAUUGAAUCAAUGGGGAAAAACAUUAACUCUUACCAUCUUCUUGAUGAAGACAUUUCUUUCGAUGGAAAUGAAUUUCAAUCUAGAGAAAUCGAUGAUGAGUUGGGUGUUGAAAUUCCAGAAGAAGAUAUUACAUCUUCAAGAUCACUUAAUAGCGAGCAACAACAAGUGUAUAAUGUAGUGUUGGAAAAAGUUUUAUCAAACCAAAAUGUUGCAUUCUUUGUAGAUGGCCCAGGUGGGACAGGGAAGACAUUCCUAUACAGGGCACUUCUGGCAAUAGUACGAUCAAGAAACUUGGUAGCACUUUCAACUGCUUCAUUAGGUGUGGCUGCAUCUAUGCUUCUAGGAGGUCGAACAGCUCACUCACGCUUUAAGCUUCCACUUGAUACUGACGAAAAAACCACAUGUUGUGUGAGCAAACAAAGUGCACUUGCAAACCUUCUUCGUGCAGCAAAAUUAAUAAUAUAG